GUUUUCUGCCACUUUUUCAAAAGAAGAGAAAAUGUUUAUAGAUAUUAAAAUAUACAACAAUAGAAAAGGCGGUCACUCGGUUUUAAGCUUAUAAGUGGAACGCCCAAAUGAACCAUUUGGAACAAUGAAUUUUGCCGAAAGGCACAAGGAACAGCUGCAAAAAUCCAUUAUUUCUCUACAGAACUGGCGUAAUAUUUAUUUCAUCAAAAUUCAACAGAUGAUGUGCGCGAGAUGUUUGUCAGUUGUGGACGAUAUUGGUUUCCUAAAGUUAAGAGAAGAAAAGUUAGCAACAGUGGCAUAAUUUCUUUUAAUUUUCCACCGCUUUUACUCAGAAGCGUUACCUCCGAAAAAGAAGCGCAAUAAAGCGUCGUGCCCACAAGCAUGAAGUCUCUACAGGAUACCAAGCCCUGGGCGACGUAGUGUUUAGACGAUAUAGUGUCAAAUACAAACAAACAAACACGAAAUUAACCUUCCUAGCUUUUGGCUUGCGCCUUAGGGCAAUUUCAACGACUACAAGAAUCUUUGUAGGUUGGCAGAUUGCAUUUAUCCAAAAUCCCUCCUUCUUUUUCAGCCAUGAUUUAAGCGAAGACCCAAGAAUGCGAACCCAAAUUAGGACAAAAGCAUGUCUGGCAUUUGAGGAGAAAAGAAGACCCGUUUCCGAUUUGUUAUUUGAAUGAAAUGUUGCGUUAAAUUUUCUCAGAUCGUCUUCUAUCUUUACACCCCAAAAUUGUAAAGUAAACGUUUUGAACAACAACAGCUUACGCGUGAAAAUCUAAGUACAGUCUGGAUUGUUCUGCGUUACUGUACUAUUUGCAAAGGAAGUAGUUCAAACUUAAUGACGUCAUUGACAAGUGUCAGUGUUUCCGGUAUCUCGAUAACUUGAUCCCCCACCCUGUUGUCAGUGAAACGUUCAGCAAAACACGAUGAUGAUCCUGAAAGCGUGGUCGGGUUGAUCGUAGGAAGAUGGUUCGACAGAACUUUCUGGAAUUUGUGUUGUUGAAAGAGCAAGUCGAUUCAAAAUUUGCGUCAGUCGAAAAGCGUGUAAAUUAUUUGUUCGGCGUUCAGCUUACUCGAGAGGAGGAGGACAGCGAAAGAUGUUGGGUGAAAGUCGAAGGCGGCGAAGAUGAUAUUAGGCGCGCCAAGGAUUAUAUCAUAGAGGUUUGUACACGGACUCUCAGCUCCGUUGAAGAAGCUGAGAUUGUUUGGAAGGAAAAUAACUUUACCUCGACCCCAGUUGACAGAACUGCGACCAAACAAAACACAUCUGUGGUAGAAGUCAAUAACAACGACUGUCAUAAAGACGAAAAAGAUUUAGCUCAGAAAACCACAGACCAGUCAUUAGACUCUAACGAAAGAAAUCGGAGCGAAGACGCUGACAAUUCUUUAUCGUUGGAAAAAGUAUCCGAAGAGGAAUGCGCUGAAACAGCAGAACAGACAUUGCCUUCAGACAACAUAGAAUUUGCUUCUCGAAGCGCAUUUGAAAUGGGUGUGAAUCGCAAUGAAGCUAAAAAGCCCAGUGUCGUCGUCGAGAAAGGUAAAGGCGACGAAAAAAGCUGCGAUUCCUCUGUUAGUGACGAAUCGCUAAGAGACUUUGCGAAGAAACUUGGAUACAAUGAAGACACGAUUACAACUGGGCUUAGCAAGCUUGGACCUUCAGCGGACACUAAUUCACUGUUGUCAGAACUUGUGAAAGCCCAGUCUUCUGUGAAACAGUUGGAAGAAGGAUCGUCGACCUUCAACUACGAAAAACCAGCUCCUGUCCCUGAAGACUCAAGCUGCCUGAGACCUAUCGUCAUCGAUGGAAGUAAUGUUGCCAUGAGUCAUGGGAAUCAGAAAGUAUUCUCCUGUAGGGGAAUUGGUCUAGUCGUGGACUGGUUUCUUGCAAGAAAUCACCUCAACAUAAAAGUUUUCGUCCCUAGGUGGCGCAAAAAUGCACCACGUCCUGACUCACCCAUCACCAAUCAAGACGUGCUGAAAAGGCUUGAAGAGGACCGUAUCCUUGUGUGGACCCCAAGCAGACCAGCUGCCAAUGGGAAAAUCAUCAAAUGUUAUGAUGACCGUUACAUCAUCAAGCAUGCCGCUGACAUCGAUGGUGUUAUUGUUUCAAAUGAUAACUUCCGUGACCUGAUGGCAGAAAGUCAUGACUGGAGGAAAGUCAUUGAACAGCGUCUUUUGAUGUACUCAUUUGUUGAUGACAAAUUCAUGCCACCGGAUGACCCCAUAGGGAGGCAUGGUCCUACCUUGGAUGAAUUCCUCAAAAAGGGAUGUGGAAAAUUGUGUCCAUAUUUAAGCAAAUGCACAUAUGGAAAACGCUGCAGAUUUCUUCACCCUGACAGAAAUCAAGGGAGAGAGGUAAAUUGUGUUCCAGCAAACACAGCACAUCUACCUCCAGAAGUCCCCUAUGGCCAUGUUUCAAGGCCACCUAAACCACUGCCGCCGUGCCCUCCAAGGCCACUGCCAGCCACACCAACAGAAUUUCUUCAAAAGCCUCUGCCAUUACCACCACACAGUGAAUUCCCUGCAGAGAUGGCAAGGGUGUUUCCACCAACCUUAAGGACAGGCCAGGUCGUGGGAAUUGGGGAGCGGAGAUCUGACCCAUUGCCAUGUCAAAAACAACUUCCUCCUGAUGUGCAAGCAAUGCAAGUCCGGUUUCAGAGAACUCAUAGCAUUGGAAGUGUUCAAGACCAAGCUUGUGGCGGUGCUCCAGUUGGCCCUGUCGGCACAAUGUUGCGACGCGGAAGUCUACCCCAUGCCUAUCAUCCUCCACAGUAUUCAUCCCAUUCUGGACACCCUGAUAUUAUGGUGCGUGGCUCUAUGACACUACCUCGAAUGCCAAGGGAAAAGGUUGACUGGAUGAUCCAAGAGCAGAUGUUUGGAGGGAGCCCAUACCAAUAUAGACCUCAGUACCACUCCAAUCCACCUGUCAGUAGCCCGUCACAUUACAAGGGCCACCCACCAGCAAGCCUUCCGCCAAACCACUGGAACCUUCCACCAUUCCCACCGGCACACCAUCAAUACCCUCCUGUACAGCAGUAUCAUCACUAUAGACCAGCUCCACCAUAUGAUCAUAGUCGCACUCCAUGUGGACAGAACAACAACUACAUGUUCCGCUCACGAGCUCCCCCAAUAAUUGGUGGAAUCUCUCGUGAUGUGACAGAUAAUCCUGAAGAGGGUGAUAACCCAUCAUCACAUGAGGAUCUCAGAAUCAAUGCCUACGACAAGCUUUGUGAAAUAUUCCCUGAUGAAGUUGAGAAAGUUCUCAAGAUCCUUGAUAAGUAUCCAGAUGAAACCAGCAUUGAGAGUUUGACCCAGCACAUGUUGGAUGACAUAGAUGAGUAAUCACAUAAAUUAACUAGUGUUACGGAUCAUAAUGUUUAUGAAAAAGAAACAGGCCAGGGAACUGACCGUAAAUUUGGUGCACAAUAGCUCGACACCAGGACAGAACAUGUUUUUAUUACACUUGAUAUUGUUAAGUUUAAGGUAUAUCAGGUACAUUUGAUGGUUUGGUACCUAGUGUGAGGGUGUGGUAAUUUUGUUCAUGAAGCUCUAUCUAGUAAAUUAUUGACCAGAAAUGUUUAGAAUUUGUAGAGUGACAUUUCUUCAAAGUUGUAGGGUUUAGUGGUUACAGCAUGUCAACAUUGCUGAUUGAAUUUGUCUUUUUGUUCUUCACAGACAUCUACCAAAUUUGGGAUUGUGAAUUUACUCAAAAAUUUAUUUCAAAAUGGGAAAAUUUUAGCCAUGCUUCCUGUAGGCAAGUUAGAGAAAACUUUCUUUUUGUAUCUUACCAUAGUUUAAUUUUGGGGAUUUAUUGUUUUAAAUGAUAAACCUGGCAUUUAUAGAGAUUUCACAUGUAUACUACUGGAAAUAUUUGGAGGAUAUUUGUAAAAAGGUUUUCUAGUCUGUCAUUUUAUAAAUGCCAUUAUUCCUUACAUUUUUAUGAGGUUUGAUUGAAGUUUAACGAAAGUAUUCGUGCAGGAUAGCUGUUGAACUGGUAAGUUCAUGCAUUUUGAUGUUGACAUGCUAGUAAUAUUUUUAAACAGGGAAAUUUUGUUAUUAGGAUAGGUCUAAAAUACACACCCAUUAUAAUUUUUACUACACAGUUAAAGUAGCAAAGGUAGAAAAUGGCUAAUAUUAGGAACACUGGUUGGAAUGAAUGCCUACUUAGGUAUGUUCAAUGGUCUGUUGAGAAGACACGUUAUGUUUUGUUUUUGUACUUUUAAUUAAUGUUUGAAGCAUUCUACAAAUUACUGUGUUCAUCUUGCAAGAGUCAGUAAUUAGGACUAAAAAACUUUGAAGAACUGUAGUCUGUCGGAUGUUUCUGAAAUUUGGUUCCAAAUGAAUUUAUUUUAAGAACGUUCAGGACAACAGUUGGGUUUAUUUUCAUCAAACCAUCUAAGGUUCUAUUUUCCAGUCGGGAAUAAUUAUACAUUUCAUUGGUAAGAUGCCAAGGUUUUUUAGUCAUUUUUCAGCCACUAUUUUAUACUGGGAAAAUAAAGGAAGGUGUUUUUAGAGAUGGAACAUAUUAUUGAUCAAAUUUUUGGGGUCAGAACAUGGUUUCUUGCUAGACAAGAGAUCCUUGCUGGUCAAGCAGUUUUGUAGUACUCAUUCUUAAAUGGAAAUAUCUAUUUACUCUGCAUGAAAUUGCCAUCAUCCUUGGCUACACCUUAAGGGAGCUAUGUCAAUUGUACAUCAAUGUGAUGUCUGCAAUCUGAAUUAAUCUUAUACCAUUCAUGUUUUGUUUGAUGUUUUUCGUUUUUUGAUCCACUAUUCUGAAGUUGAAAAGAACUAUUUAAAAAAUCAUGACAUUGCUCCCUUGAUCACUAUUUCAUCUCAAAGAGUUGGCAACAAUGAGGAAUCACCAAUAAGUAACAAGAAUUACAGAACACAUGCAUGAUACAAAUUAGAAGGCUAGACUAGAAGUCAUGUUCUUGAACAUCUAACUUCAGAGUUCCUUUUAAGGAAAACAAUAAUUGGAGAAUAAAACUAGUAUGUAGUCAAGGUUUAGUGACUUCUGAUCAUAAUUUGGUACCCUAGAUUAUUGUGAUGGAGUAGAAUUUGUAAGCAACAAAGUAAGUUUAUGUAUUUAAGGUUUUAUUGGUAAUGUACAGGUUUUCAUCAGCUUUUCUCUGAUGUUCAGCUUUUUGUAAUAUUUGCAAUAUGAGGUGAUUUUGAUAUCAUUUUUGUAGGUAUGUUAGUAUAUUCCAGAGCUUAAUGUUUGACUUCAUGGUAUUUGAACCCUGAAAAUUGCCUCUGAAAAUUGUGAAUUAUCAUAAACCUAAAACUAUUGAGGAAUCUCUGAACACUUAGUGUUUACAAUUACACAGACUGGAACUAUUUUAAUCUUAAUCUUUUUAUACAAUUUUUUAAAAAAAAAAAAAGUUUGGUAAAUGUGAAGAGUUCAUUACAAUUCAAUACUUCCAUUUAAGAAAAUGUUGAACAUGAUUUCAGACAAUAAGCUCACAUCAGGAAUGCUCUUUGUGAGAGUGUAUAAAAUUAGUUUACAUUGGAACAACAACAAUAUUGUGGAAUUAAUGCCACUUGGUGUAGUUCUGUAUAUUAGCUGGCUGAUGCUUUUUGUCAACCACAUAUUAUACUGAGAAAAAAAUGACAUUUUUAAAUGACAUUAAAACAUUGUUAAAAUAGA